AUGGGUUGGCCCGAAGUUGCUGGAAGCUUCCCGUGCGCUCAGUGUCAGAGGGUGUACCAGUACAAGCGCUCGUUGUGGCGACACGUCCGAUACGAGUGCAACAAGGAGCCGAUGUUCACCUGUCCUUUCUGUCCACAGCGGUUCACAUUGAACAGCAAUCGGUUGAAACACGUUAAGCGCAGACAUCACGAGCUAGCCACCGACGCUGUUAUGGCGGCUUUGAAACACCGUCGCAGCCUCGUGCUCCAAGAAGCUUUGGUGGACGGUCAGUACAACUGUCCCAGCUGCGGAAGGACUUACCGCAACCGCUCGUCCUACCAACGCCACUACAUCCACGAGUGUGGGAUUGCAGACUACACUGGAGUCUUCGCCUGCACCAACUGUCCUCGGAAAUAUCGUUACCCUGAGAAUCUCACUCGACAUUUGAAGUACGAGUGUAACGUAGAACCACGCUUUCCCUGUCCACAUUGUUCCUAUCGGACCAAACAUCGAACCAAUGGGAUUGGGAAGUCAGGUUUAAUCCUGGAUCGUCCACUGUUCGGAUGCGAUACAUGUUCACGAAUGUACCUCAACCGUGAAACACUUCACAGGCACAAACGAUACGAAUGUGGAAAGGAGCCGCAGUUUUUCUGUCCCCUCUGCUCAUUUCGCUCAAAGCGGAAAUGCCCUGUGAAGCCGUACCCGUGCCCGCAGUGUGAUCGCUCCUAUCGCCACUUUGAGAACCUGCAGCGUCACCUGCGCUUGGAAUGUGGCAAGGAGCCGAAGUUUGCCUGCACCGCCUGUCCGUACCGCAGCAAACAUCGGCAGAAUCUACUUCGCCACUUUGUCAUAAAACACGGCUACGAAUCACAAGCUGCACCAAACAAGACCAAUCCUCGCCCUUUUUAA